GAGGAUGCAGCAGGCUGGGAUUCUUCUUGCAAGGGAAACUGAAGCUUUAGUCUGGGCAGGCAGCGAGCUGGACUGGUAUCGGAGGAAAAGAAGUCUCUACUUUGGCCGCUGCUGUUUGAGUGUGUCUCCCAGCACCAUAAGGCAGGCACAGCCAGAUGGGCUGCCGUUGGUUGCAAGCCUGGAAGAGUCAGAAAGAAACCUGAGGCUGUCAAGGAAGCUUGAAGGUCCUGCUUCUGGGGAAACUCAAGACAGUAUAAAUUGGUGCAAUCUAUUUGGAGAAAGAUUUAGCAGUAUGCAGGAACAAGGGAAAAGAGGACCCCUCCUUCCAGUUCCUGAGGUCCUAGUCAAUGAUGGUUGCUCUGGUAGGAGAGAGGAAGAGCGAAGAGGAAGUCAAAAGUUCUGUUCAUCUGGAAGGGCUGGGAGUUGCUUCCUGGGAUGGGGAGCUCCGGAGCCAAUCCAAAAGACGGCCCCGGAGUCUGGCGGGGAGGCCCACCGCUGCCCUGAGGGCUCGGCCGGGAGGGGGCGCUGUGUCCUCCCCACGCCCUGCCCGCGGGCUCCUAGCGGCGUUCGCCGUGCUGCAGCGCAAUGCGCGCCCGGCUUUCCCCUGGGCAGCGUUCAGUGCCCGCUUGUCCUGCAGGGCACUGCCGUCUCCCUUUCAUCUUGGGGCUCCCAGGUCCAAAGGGUUCCCAGAUCCAGCCUCUUGCCUGAACCAAAGUGGCCAGGCACUCAGUUUGUAAGAUGAACGAAUGAAGGAAGAAACCAAGGAAUGAAUAAGGGCUCAUCCUGCAGAGCGUUCGCGUCUCAGCGCGCACCAGGCACAUCAGUGCCAAAGGUGCUGGGGGUCGGACCCAGCGCCCGGCGCGGCUGGAAUGGGGGCGGCGAGGAGCUCCUCCUAGCCAGCCGCAGGGCGGGAACUGCCCAAACGCAGGUCGCAGCUUCACCGGGUUCCGCGGCGGCUCCGCUCAGUAGGGACCGCCCUGUUCUCUAGCCCCCAGUAGCCUCGCCCUCAUAAAUUCACCUGAGCACCCCUGCCCAAGUCCCCCUAGAAUCCUUGGACUUCCCAGGCCCCGACCUCGGCCGGGCGGAAGGCUGACCCUCUACCGCGGCCCCCUUCCCCCAUCCCCGGC